UUGAAGCUGGCUACCCCCGCUCGGAGAGUGUUUCUCAUUUAAACAAACACCGUCCUGCGGAAGAUGGCGGUGAGUUUGUAGAAGGCGACAGAAGGAAACUGAUUUACGCUGCCGUCUAAAGAACGCGUAUACACAGGAAGCCAAUCACACCACAUCCUGAAUGGAACUUUACUGGGGCUUGUCCAGGCCAAGCUGUGUCGUCUCAGCUGCUGAAAUGUGCUGAAAAUGAGUGGCAUAGGAGAGAACUCCUUAGAGCCUCUGUGCUCUGACCGCAAGCGUAAGCUGUUCACCUGCGACACACCAGGCCUGGGGUGUGACAAACGCAGAAGGGAACAGGAGAGCAAGUACAUCGAGGAGCUAGCAGAGCUGAUUUCUGCCAAUCUCUCCAACAUCGACAGCUUCAAUGUCAAGCCUGACAAAUGUGCCAUUCUCAAGGAGACCGUGAGACAGAUCAGACAAAUCAAAGAGCAAGGAAAGAGCUCUUGUUGUGACGAUGAUGUCCAGAAGGCGGACGUGUCGUCCACUGGCCAGGGGGUCAUUGACAAAGAUCAUCUGGGACCGCUGCUCCUACAGGCCCUGGAUGGCUUCCUGUUUGUGGUGAACAGAGAGGGCAGCAUCAUAUUCGUGUCGGACAACGUUACACAGUACAUGCAGUACAGGCAAGAGGAACUUAUCAACACCAGUGUGUACAACAUCAUUCAUGGGGAAGACAGAGAGGAGUUUCAUAAAAAUCUGCCCAAGUCUAAUGCAGCAAAUGCAUCCUGGGUUGGAGAUGUGCCUCAACAGAGGAGUCACACCUUUAACUGCCGUAUGCUGGUCAGCUUUGGACACAGUCAGAGUCAGGGGUUAUCAGUCGAGAGAGCUGAAGACCAACGCUAUGAGACAAUGCAGUGUUUUGCUGUCACUCAGCCCCAGGCGAUAAUGGAAGAAGGAGAAGAUUUGCAGUCCUGUAUGAUUUGUGUAGCACGACGCAUCACUGCAGUAGAAAGGACAGAGAGGUUUAGCACACGGCAUGAACUCUCUGGUAAACUGAUUGAAAUUGAACAUCAGAACACUCUUCACACCACUAUGCGUCCAGGCUGGGAGAACGUGGUCAAACGUUGUUUGCAAAUGUUUCUACAUCACAGUGAGGGACAGCCCUGGUCCCACAAAUGUCACUAUCAAGACGCGUUCCACAGUGGACGUGCAGAAACCCCAUUCUAUCGCUUCUCUCUCCCUGAUGGCACCCUUAUCACAGCCAAGACCAGAAGUGAGCUCUGCCGAAAUCCCAACACCAAUGAGACACCCACUUUCUUAUCCACACACUAUCUUCAAAGAGAGCCAAGUAGUUACUGUGGAAAUCAAGGUGGGGGCAUGAGACCUGUGAACAACCCCAACCAGCAGAUGAACAUGGGCCCAGGUGGAGGUCUGGCCAUGAGGCGGAGCCACAGCAUGGCUGAGCAGGGCAGAAUGCCCAGCAGAGGAAUGCCUCCGUUCAUGGGGGACAACUGCGUGAAUCCAGUAAAUCAGAUGAGUCAGAUGAUUUGUAGGAAUCAGAUAAAUCCUAUGCAUCAAGUAAACAUGGGGCAAAUGAACUCCACGCCCUCAAUGAACUACUCCAUGAACUCCAUGAACCAAAUGGGUUCAAUGAACCAGAUGGGCCACCAGGGUGUGCAACAACACCAGCAUCAGAACCAACAGAUGGGUCACUUCCAGGGAGCAGGAGUCGGAGCAGGGAGUGGUAUGGGGAUGACCAGCCCUCCCCAGGCCAGUCCAGGUGCACAACACAGUGUCAUGAGUUCACCUAGAGUCCGUGGAAGCCCAAAUAUGGUCGCAAGUCCCUUCUCUCCAGGAAUAACCUCUCCAGUGAGCUCCACUCACACUGGAGGAGGAGGGGGAACCACCUUCUCCAGCAGCUCUUUGAAUGCCCUUCAAGCCAUUAGUGACGGAGUAGGAAAUCCAGCGGCGUCUUCUCUCACCUCCCCUCCUCACAAACCAGACAGCUCCCCAAGCAUCAACUCCACUAUUCAUCCAUCGACAGGGACGUGCAAACCCGGUCUUCUCUCCUUCUCUGACUCCAAGUGUUCAGGUAUUGGAGAGCACCCUCUACAGGUGAACCCUCACAGUCCCAUCAGCGAGGUCCCUGCUGACAAACCUGAACUCCAGGUCAACAGAGACAGCGCUGGGCGAGAGUCUACCAAACGGGUCCCUGACACCAGAUGUCACAAGAAGCUCCUGCAGCUUCUCACGUCGCCCACGGAAGAAACAGCUCCUCCUAAUCAAACCUGCACAGGAUCGUUGUCUGGGCCCGAGGGUGACGAUGGACCGUCAGAUGUCACCAGUCCUUCGUCCUCCACAGGAGUGUCCUCUUCGACAGGUGGAAAUCAUGGGUCUCUGUCGUCCUCCGGUGGCCCUGGAAAUACACUGAGUCAGUCUCUGCAGGAAAAGCACAAGAUCCUCCACAAGCUGCUUCAGAAUGGUAACACCCCCGACGAGGUCGCUCGCAUCACAGCUGAAGCCACUGGAAAGAGCUGCCUGGACUCCAGCUCUGAGCCUGCUGCCCUGAAGGAAGGUUCUGAGUCCAAACAGGAGCAGCACAGCCCCAAGAAGGAGAAGCCCAAUGCACUCCUUCACUACCUCCUCAAUAACGAUGACUCUAAAGAAAGUGAAGAUGUUAAGCCAAAGCUGGAAAAGUUGGAAGAAAGGACUGCACAGGGGACAGGAGUCAACAGCUCAAAUCUACCGUGCAUGGACAGAAAGGUCAAAAUGGAGCCUUCAGACGAGAAUGAGACCCUCGAAACCAUCCUUGGUGUUCCAAGGAACAACUCUGGGUUCUACCCUGAACCUGAUUCCAGAACGGAGAACGAAUUGUCAAGCAAAGAAGGAAGUGUACUAGACAGUUUACAUGGAGAAAAGGGCUUUGUUCCUCAGAGCCAACGUGUUUUUCAAAGAAACUUGUCGGUGGACUCCAAACACACGAGUGUAGCAGGAGCACUAGUGGGGAACCUGGCUAUGAGGAGGAACGUCCCCUGUCCCACUUUGGCUAAACAGGAAAAUAUGGAUGCUGUAAUCCGACCUGGGGGAUUUCCUCAACGCUUUCCUGGAGGCAUGGGAUCCUGUCCACCACGGAAUCAACCAAGAGGUCUGAGCAGAGGGAUGGGACAGCACUCAGCACAGCACUCUCCUAUGGCAGCGCAGGCUAAUCGACAAAUGCCCAGUUCUGUCGGCAGCCCACUUUCUGGAUCAGGACACCCAGGCAUGGGACACUCAAUGAGAGGUGCAAUAAUGAACUGCCCCAACAGUGCACCUGGACCCACCAGGUCCAUGCUGCUGCAGCAGCAGCAGCAGCAGCAGCAGCAGCAGUUUAUAGACAUGGGUGCCUCACAUGGUGCCAGUGAUUCCAAUGUGAGUAUGAGGAGAUUUGGUGGUCAUGGAGGACCACCACAGUCACCCUCCUGCUCUGCUGUGGGAAUGGACAGACUACAGUAAGACACUGAUAGGGACCCAAUCAAUAACCCUCUCAAUGAUUUGCUGGGGCCCCUGACAAACACCAGGGGCGGACCAUCUGGUGGACCAACAGAUGAACGAGCACUUCUAGACCAGUUGGACUCUCUGCUCAACACAGCUGACGUCCUUGCCCUGCAGGAGAUAGACCGAGCCCUGGGCAUCCCUGAACUAGCAGGACAGAACCAUGGACCUGAGGCUCGACAACGGGGUCAGGAGCCAGGUCAGAGUCGCUGUCCCCCGUCAGACCCCUUUCCUGAGUCCUCCCUUACUAUGGACCAAAAACCCAUGUUUGGCCAGGGCUAUGCAGGUCCUCCAGCUGCCCCUAGCAUGGGCAUGCGGGGAAGUUACAACAACAACCCCAUGCAAGGGCAGUCUCCCAGAGGUUUUAACCCUAUGAUGAAUCCGAUGAGUCAAACAGGGGGCCUUCCUGGGACAGCAGGCAUGCAGAACAUGGGUAACCCUCGAGCAAACAUGAUGAGACCUCGCAUGAUGGCAACCAAGCCUCUGAGACUACAGCUACAGCAGAGACUCCAGGGGCAACAGUUUAUGAACCAGACACGACCAGGUAUGAAGAUGGAAAACAACCCUGGAGGAAACCCACCCAUGCGCCCUGGCAUGCAGCCUGGCAUGCAGCCUACAAGCAUGGGGGCUCAGGUUUGUAGUGACCAUUUCAUUCAGUGUACAGUCACUCACCACAUUCAACAACUUAAUGCUUCUUUUUUUUCCCUGCAGCCUGGUUUUCUUAACUCCCAAAUGAUGGCUCAGCGCAACAGAGAGAUGAUGACUAUGCAGAUGAAGAGGCAGCGGAUGGUGAUGCUAAUGCAACAACAGCAACAGCAGCAGCAACAGCAACAACAACAGCAGCAGCAACAGGGACAGGCAACAGCCGGAGCUUUUAGCGCUCCUCCAAUUGUCAAUACUGCAGGAGGCAUUGACAACGCCAUGGGAACAUCUCCAGUAAAUAAACCUGGACAGCAGGGCUUCAGCUAUGGAGGGAACUAUGGAAUGAACCAGCAGGGGGACCCAUCAUUCAUGACUCAGGGAAGUAACCCGGCAGGAAACAUGAUGCAAUGUCGAAUAGGAGGACCUCCUCAGAACACUAUGGUGGCUGGUAUGCAGGGAAACCCACAGGGAGGGUCCAUGUACCCAGCUGCAGAAAUGAAGGCCUGGCCACAAGGGAGCGUUGCACGCAACAAUUCAUACUCCCAGCAACAGUUUCCUCAGCAGGCAAAUCAGAACCAGUUUGGACCCAUGAUGGCAAACAACUCCAUGGGUGGGGCCGGUGCAAGACCGAUGGGACAGAUGUCAGGACAGAUGUCAGGACAGAUGUCAGGACAGAUGUCAGGACAGAUGCAGGGCCACAUGAGUAUGAACCCAGUGGGAAUGGGUAGAAUGCCAUUGGGACCCGAUCAGAAGUACUGCUGAUGACGUGUGGCACACUGUGGAAGCUAAGGCUUCUCACAUGUGGCAGAGUUGUCUGAGCCAGAAGAACACAAACACACACAAACACGCACAGAGAUGGAGAUCCCACGCCAUCAGAAGUGACACAAUAGAUUCAACAAGGCACCGCUCAGCCUGAAGGAGAAGGGCUUCGAGUGCAGACUUGUGUCAGCUUUUUCUCCAGCUCUCACACGGUUGUGCACAUCAGAAAAUGUGGUCUGUGUGUUUUCCCAUGACUGGCGUGGAGCAGUCAGGCUGCGACAUGACACUCUAGUACAGAAAGAUGUGAGAAGCGCGUGAGCCUUGUGUGAGGAACAAAGACUCUGUUCAGACCUGCUGUUAACAUCUGUCCUGAGGGAUGUUGUCACAUUGUCAGAGUAAAGUUGGACUGUCCACACCUGGACUUAAAAGUCGUCCACACCUCAGCAAAACAAAUGCAUUCAAAUACAUUAGGGGUAAAUAUAACAAGUGUAACAAAUGUCUGUGGGCUAGCACUUGGAUUAAAAACCUAAUUCUGUGUAGAGUAGUUACUCACAGAAAAUGCCAAUGAGCAGCAGGAUAAAAUAAAAACAAAAACACAGAAGAAGAAGGUGGUGAUAUGACGGUGACAAAAUCUGGUUUUGUAGCAUUAAGAAAGAGUCCAGUCCAAUCCUUAUAAUUGAAAAAGCCACUGUGCCUUUGCAUCGAGUUAAUACAGAGUUUGGUUGUGUGUAAAAUAAGCUUAAAUAAGUUCAGAUCAUAAGAUUUUGAGGAAAACCGAUUUAUAACCACGGUGUAUAUUUUCAAGUUUCAAGGCACAAUAUUCUUGUCUUUUUUUUUUUUUACACUGCGCCCGCUACUGAAUAUACUGUGCCAUUUGUUUUAUUGCUUAAUGGGAUAAAAACAAAAACUGACAACUAGAUCUGCCGAUUGACAGCAACACCUGUUCAGGACAAUGUUUAGAGACAUAGACCGUUGUGAUUCCCUUUUGUAGCUAGAUUCUAUUCCGUGCUGAAGACAGGACUGUGUCUGUGCAUUCUCAAUGUGGAGUAUUAUUGUCCUAAAACAUCUCAGUGUGGACAGACCUGACUGCACAACGAUCUGAGAUUUUAACAACAGGUCUGGAUCAGGUCUAAAACAAUGCAAUAUUUAUUCAUUAUAGAACUUACAAGAAGUUUAUUGCCUUAAAAAAAAGUCCUUAGAUUUUUCUAGGGAAUUUCUUUCACCAAAAGCUAUAAGUAUAGGUUGUCCUGCAGGUUGAAGCAAUAACACCUGCAUCUGUGCUUUAGACUGUGGCUGAGCAUCGUUAGCCCUGGGACAACGGUACCACAGUAUUAGUUUUACAAAACGUUCUUUGUGGAGAGAAAAAGUUGAAUAUUGAUGGAAUAUACCACACCUUGUGUUUUUAUCACAAAGAAUUGGACAACAGAAAAGAAAAUGUACUUGGUGAUGUUUUUUUUUUGCAGUCUGUUUUGUUUUUGUCUUUCUGAACAUGUGAUAUUUUUGAUGGAGUUGAAGGUCACGCACUGUCAGAUAUUUUUAUAGGGAAGUGGUUAAGAAAAGUGUUGUUUUUCUGUGUUAAAUCACUGGGAUUAUGGUUCUGUAUUAUGAAAUCCAGCAGUGCUUCUCAAACAUGUUAAAAACAGGGAAUUAAAUAUUUCAUUUUUUUAUCAGAAAUUAGCUUCACAUUGAGAAUUACGCUUCAUAUUGGGAAACAUGUUAAAGGCUUGAGACCGUGUUCAGAAAUCAGUCUGGUUGGUCUGGUUUUACAUCACAUGACAAGUCGCGCCCUUUUCUACUUCUCUCUCCUCCAUCGUGUUUAUUUUCAGUAUAUUUUGGCAGCAUAUUCUUGUGACUGUUCUCAUUGAUUGGCUGAAUUUGGCUUUUCAAUGCUCAAUCCAAAGAGUUGUAUUUUCAAGCUCUGUACAGUUUCAUUUUACAGUUUACAGUUUUUUGUUGUUGUACAUUUUCUUAGAAAUGUAUUGUUCCAAUGUGAAAUAUGUAUAAAUGUAUGUGUAGUGGCUUAUUUUGGGUUAUAAUGUACUCUUGCAUACUGUAUGUCUCCACAGUUGAACAGUCAUGUUUUGCUGUGAAUGAGAAAAUGUAGUUUUCUCUUUAUACAAAACGUCCAUCACACAGCGUCAUCACCACCAUGCCUUUAUGGUGGUCUCCUCUGUGUGGACGAGAGAUUACAGGAUGUAUUUGAUAGUUUCUGUUGUUGAUAUUAAUGUAAAUACAAAUUUCUAUUGAAAUUC